AGAGGAAGUCCUGAAGUGGUGGAUUUGCCGAAAUGAAUGGAGACGUCAAAUUAUUCUUGACAUGAUGCUACCUCUGGAAAAGUCAUGUGGAUUCGAUUCAAUUCACAUGAAUUCGCUUUUGCUGAAAAUGCCGAGAGUGGUUAUUGAUCAGAAAGCAAAGUUUGAGUCUGAUGAACUGUUUAGGAAACUAAGCCGAGAAAGUGAGGUGAGGUAUACUGGUCACAGAGACAGGCCUGCAGAAGAAAGGAAACUUAAAUUUAAAGCUGCUUGUCGAGAAGGAUACGUAGACAUCGCAUUUGUAAGUACUGGAACGAACUUGCAGCUAUUAUUUGGACCUCUAAGUAGCGGAAGAAGAGACAGAUGCGAGUUUGAUCCAGACAAAGGCAAAGUGCACCUGAGGAGCAGUUUUAUUAUGAAUGGUGUUUGUGUCAGGUGGAAAGGUUCUUUGGAUUUGGAAAAGAUGGACGGAGUCGGGUGCUUGGAAUUUGAUGAGGAACUGGCUCAGGUUGAAGAUGCUCGACUUCAGCAGCAAAUUGAAGCAUAUAACAAAAGAAUUCAAGAAUUCGAAAACAAGCAGAGAGCAUUUAGACCGCCCAGGAUACAGUGCAGUCGAAAUAAAGAUCAUUACACAGAGGAACUGAGUCCGAGAAGCUCCGGAUCUGCGAGCAACUGAAACUGAUAUCAGAAUUAUGUGCAUUACCCCUCCAUGUAAAUAAACUGACUUAAGUGUAAAUAUAUGUAACUUAUUUGCAUUUUAUUGUACUUUAUAAUAAUAUUAUUCCAUUAUGUAUGAAGCCUAAAAUAACUAUGACAAUAUGUAGAUUUUUAUGAAAUACAAUGAUUUUAUUAUGUUUAUUGACUUUUUAUUUACGAAAAGUAUUUUUGCUUACUGAAUGUGAAAUUCGUAAAAGAUAUUGAUUACUUACAUUGCACAGUAAAAUUGCAUUUAGAAGACAAACACUUAUGAAUGAAUCUGGCUGUCAUGUAAACCUGCAUGCUGUUAAUGUACAUUUAUUUAUUCUUCUUCCAAAAAAUUUGGAUUUGCUGAGAAAAUUUUCUCGUUUAGUCGGUUGUAUUCCUGUAAUAAAGCAAAUCUUAUUGUUUUCUUCCUAAAUGCUGCUAAUACCAUCUGUUAAUGACAGGCUUUUCUUUUUAUCAUGGAUAAUACCCCUAAAAACUUAUUACUAGUAGCAUUAAGAAUAGACUAAUUCAAAUUACACUUAAAGCGAUUGAAAUCAUAAAGUUUCAUUAACUGAGCGCAAUUAUAU